CAAAACACAGCAAUCAGAGAGAAUGCCUGCCAUUGGGUGCACGUAGUGGACCACCCUUGACUUGGACAGGCGCAACGACAUCAUACAUCAUCGUGCCAGCGAUACAGAAAAGCGCAACAUACAUACCGUAAAAAUGCCGUCUGGGCUGCAACUCGCGUCGUGAAAUCUGAUCCCUCCACUCCUCUGGAAACAUUAGCAUUAGCUUUGUACUUCCCGAGACUCUCUCGCAACACAGAAUAAGAAAUGCCUGUUGAAGAUCCCAUUGCCCGCAUACUGCAGUCCAAGGCGUUUGUGGUCCUGGACGGCGCGCUUGCGACCGAACUAGAAACGCGAGGCUGCGACCUCAACCACCCACUCUGGUCCGCAAAAAUCCUCCAUGAAGACCCAAAGGCCAUCUUUGACGUGCACCUGGAUUACUUCAAGGCGGGCGCCGACGUGGCCAUCACAGCAAGCUACCAGGCCUCCAUCCCGGGCCUGAAGGACUAUCUGCAGCACAACUACUCGGCCGGCCACGCCAACGACCUCAUCGCGCAAAGCGUGCAUCUGGCCCAGGAAGCGCGAGACAAGUACUUCUCGGGCUCUAGCUAUGGCGAUUGCAGAAGGACGCUUCUGAUCGCUGGCAGCGUCGGCCCGUAUGGAGCCUACCUGGCCGACGGCUCCGAGUAUCGCGGCGACUACAAGCUAGCUACGCGGGCGAUGAAGGAUUUCCACCGCGGGCGCAUACGCGUGCUUGUGGACGAGCACGUCGACCUGUUGGCCUGUGAGACCAUGCCUUCGUACGCCGAGCUCAGCGCGCUGGUCAGUCUGCUACGCGACGAGUUUCCAGACACGCCGGCCUGGGUGUCGUGCACGUUGCGCGACUCCACACAUAUCAGCGACGGGACGCCCAUAGCAGACGUCGUUGCUCUGCUGAACAAGGCAGACAACGUCAUUGCGAUUGGGGUUAAUUGCGUUGAACAGCAGAUGGUGCACGAUGCCCUUGUAGAGCUCCACAGGCUCACCACGAAGCCCCUGGUCGCGUAUCCGAAUUCCGGCGAGCGGUACGAUGCCAGCUCGAAGACGUGGUGUGAUAACUGCGCCGGACGCGAGGAGUUGGGUGAGGUCGUUCCGAAAUGGUAUGCCGGUGGAGCACGUUUGAUUGGAGGCUGUUGUCGGACGACUCCGAAAGAUACACUGACCGUGCGGCUUAUUGCUGACAGGCUCACAAAGCCACCUGGAGCCCUGGAGAGCGUGGAAGAAGACGCAGAUGACGAGUCUCUAGAUGAUACAUAGGCAUAGUAUUGUGGCAUGAUUUGACAGUAAUUAGUAGUGUAGCGCUCUCCCGGAUUCUGGAUAGUCCCACCGGAACCGCAUGGUCGACCGUGAUUGGGACUAUACGUGUUCUUACUAUCUAUAUGAAAUUUAAUGACACCACUUACGCACAACACUCAAGAGUCAAGUACGUGAUGAAACACGCGACAAUAUCCACUCGUUCACAGCUGAGAUUUGCCUGUCCAUGUUCAUCGGAAAAAUCUAAACAAAAACAAAGCAGAUUCCACCAAACAAAAACUACGGCACUGCUUCCCGCCCGCCCCGCUACAGCCAUCAUAUGGCUCGAUCAUGCACUUAUCCUUCAUGAAGUUUCAUAACUUCCACUUUAAUCCACU